AAAUUCCUCCGGACAUUCCCCAAUGUUCCUGUGGUUUCUCUACGGCCUGUUUCAUCGUUUUAUAAAAUUUGAAAUGAACUUUCCUUAGUUGAAAGUUGAAGUUCGGGUGUAACAAAUAACAAUUAAUGUGAAAACAACGUGAUAAUUCCUGAAUAAUAUUCAUAAUUUACCUAAAAAUAAAGAAAUAAAAAAUGUCUCACAAGUUAUCCGAAGGUUCUCUUGAGGUGAUAAUGCAUGGAGGGCUUUAUGACAAGCCCAUUAUGCAGGUUAUAGGCAGCAAAAAGAUACAGGGAAGUGGGGUUAAUGAAAGGUUCAGAUUAAUGGUGUCUGACGGUAAACAUACCCACACUUAUGCAAUGCUCGCAACACAGCUCAAUGAUAAACUUAUAUCAGGAGAGUUAUCAGAUUAUUCAAUUGUUCAAAUUGACCGUUUUGUUACUUCACUAGUCAAGAAUCCAGGAAAAGCUGAAAAGCGUGUAAUGAUUAUAUUGGAUAUAACUAUUAUAGUCCCUGGUAAUCAAAUUGGCAAGACCAUUGGUAACCCUACAAGCUGGUCAGAAGAGACAGCUCAAGCUCCACCAGCAAGUACCAUGCAGCCAGAACAGAAGCUAAAGGCUACACCUACAACUUCUGCUCCAAGGCCUGCUAAUGCUCCUUCCCUUGAUAGCAGUCUAUUAAGCACACAAAUGACUCACCCUAUUAUAAGCUUGAGUCCAUAUCAAAAUAAAUGGGUGAUAAAGGCUAGAGUGAUGAGCAAGUCUGGAAUUCGCACUUGGAGCAAUGCCAAGGGUGAGGGGAAGUUGUUCAGUAUGGACCUGUGUGAUGACAGCGGAGAAAUAAGGGCUACAGCAUUCAAAAAUGAAUGUGACAAAUUCUAUGAUAUGAUACAGGUUGAUAAAGUAUAUUACAUAAGUAGAUGCCAGUUGAAGACAGCAAACAAACAGUUCACAAGUCUCAAAAAUGACUAUGAGAUGACAUUCACACCGGAUACUGUGGUUGCCGAAUGUAUGGAGGAUGCUUCCUGUGUGCCUCAAGUUAAAUACGAGUUUAUACCUAUUAAUGAAAUAGCUGACAAAGGCCCAGAUACACUGUUGGAUGUAAUUGGUGUGUGCAAAAUGGCUAGUGAUGUUCAAGAACUAACUGCAAGGAGUACUGGUAAACUGCUGAAAAAACGGGAAGUUACACUUGUUGAUGCAACGGGUGCUAUAUGUCUGACGCUCUGGGGAAACUCUGCGGAAACUUUCGACGGCAACGCCCAUCCUGUAGUCGCUGCUAAAGGAGUCAGAGUGACGGAGUUCAACGGUAGCAAGAGUCUGUCGUGUCUGGCCAGCUCCAUGGUGCGUCACAACCCUGACCUGCCGCGAGCACAUCAGCUGCGGGGCUGGUACGACAAUGGCGGCGCAGACCUGGACGUCGUCAAUAUAUCCGCCAGAGCGGGCGCCGGCGGGUACUCGGGCAGCGGUGAAUGGAUCACGUUCUCGGAGGCCGAGGGCCGCCAGCUGGGCUCGGGCAACAAGGGCGACUACUUCACCUCGCUGGGCGUGCUCACCUUCACCUUCGCAGACAACGCCGUGUACAAGGCCUGCCCCCAGGACCAGUGCAACAAGAAGCUGCUGGACCAGGAGAACGGCCUGUUCCGCUGCGAGAAGUGCAACCGCGAGUAUCCCAACUACAAGUACCGGCUGCUGCUGGGGGCCCACGUGUCGGACCCCUCGGGCGACCAGCGCGUGACGGCCUUCAACGAGGCGGCCGAGACGAUCCUCGGGCGUCACGCCGCCGACAUCGGCCGCCUGUUCGAGUACGACAAGCCGGCCUACGCGCAGAUGUUCGACGACGUCAAGUUUAACACCUACGUGUUCAAGUUCCGCACCAAGAUGGAGGUCUACAACGACGAAGCACGCCUUAAGACAGUAGUGAUGAGCGCACAACCCGUCGACUAUAAGGACGCUAACUCGAGGCUCAUUAAAAGUAUUAAAGCUUUAAGUGGUGUCGAUGUAUAACUCAUCCAGUGUUGCCAAACCUUUUAUAUAGUUAUUAUGUAAACAAACCAUGUUAUAUUUUUAGAUUAACGCGUACUAAACAUUUAAAUAAAAUACUUUUUAAACGAUCAAAAAAUAUCACUGAAUUCUACCAUUUUGUAAAUUUAACAAAAUUUAUUUAUUUCGACAUAUCUUGUUUUUGCAAUUCACCAACCAGGUCGCAGGCGACUCAUAAAUAAUGUUAAAUUUACCAAAUAUUUGCAUCCUUUCAAAAAGUAUUUUAUUUGAACCAUGUUACCUCUAAACGCUCAUAUUGUUGUUUGAGCCUAUAGAUGUUAUCAAAGUAAAUUAUGUUCUUAAAUUAAAGUGAUAUUCUUAUAAGGAUUCAUUAAAGAGAUAUUUUGUAAA